AUGGUCUACCGGUAUCUGGAGGAGGUGCUCAAGAACAUGCACGGGUUAGAAAUCGUGGAGCUAUGGACGAUAACAGCCUCCAUGGCAAAAACCCUUCCAGGACUCACGAACCUCAAAGCCCUUUCACUGACUGCCCAAAAGGCGAGAGACGGAGACAAAAUCACUGCCUUGGCAAAGGUUAAGAGUCUCCAACACUUCAAAAUACGGGCCUGGGAACCCAUUGAGGAAUUUGAAGUGGCCACAAAGUCAAUUCUUCUCAACUCCAGAUUGACUUUGCGAAGUUUGGCCAUCAUGAACCUUGAUGAUGUCGCGGGUUACCGUUUUAGAUUCCUCGAUAGUUGGCAGAGAGAACUUGGUUCAGACAGCCCGACGCCAUACUUCCCCGCUCUGCAGUCUCUGCAGCUGAUCGGCUUGGAGGGGCCGGGCGAGGGCCUGAAGCGAGCUUUUGAGAACGCCGUUAAUUUCAUGAAUUUGCGGUCACUAAGCCUGGAACGGAUCUAUGCUGGUAGAAGUGCCCUCUACCGCCAUCUGGCCGACCUGGCCGCCAGAACCCCAAAAGAAGACAUCAAAUUACGAAGCUUUGAGAUGGAUCAUCAUUCCGAUGCAACCCUCGACGAGCAUCGGCAUGACAUGGAAACGAUAUGCAGGUUUCUUGGCUCUUUUGGUAGUCUAACAAGUCUCCACGUACUUGAGUACGACAAGUAUCUUCCGAUAUCGCAACAAGAUAAAGGCCUUCUCCCUGAUCCAGUGCAGCAAGCGAUACUCAAGCAUAAAAAUCUGACCAGCUUGACUUUGCGGUCUCGAGACUCUUUCAAUAGGGCGAACAUGCACCCCUAUCUCUCGCCAGACGUCAUCGGAACCAUCGUGGACAGCUUGCCUCUGUUGGAGGAAUUUGACUUCUUCGCACGUCCUCAAGACAUGGUCCAAGUAGGAGAAGCUCUAGCCCGCGGAAGGAACCUAACCACCAUAUCUGUUGCACAAGUCGACAGAGCUAGUAAAUUAUUUGUCCCUCGAGAGCUUGUGACCAAAAUUCUCGGGGGUAUUCUUGACGGUAGAGGCGGUGGUUCUCCUGGAGAUGGGCACUUUCGUUGGGGGGAUCACAGUAAGCUUCGGCGAAUCAUUAUCGAUCGAAUGUUUCCUGAUAACAAGCGCAUUUUUGAUAUCACCUCUUGGUUUCCGGAGGUCAGGGUCAAGGGGGAUAGGAGGUAUCAGAAGCCUUUCAGUAUCCGCGGCUUCCAGAAUACGGAGCGCGAGGUUUUGGGUCAAGAUGUGACGAUGUUAUUGCGUCCUGAGGAUAUGGAACUUGCCUCCAACUGCGACUGGGCAGAUGAUGUCGCCCGUGACAUGAUCUAG